AAACAUUUGAAAAAGGAAUUUUUCAGUCUGUUUUGGGAUGGGAAAACAAAUGUUCCAAGGAAAUGAGUGAAUCAAUGUGUUGUUAUUUUCACUACCGAACAUAAUAAUGUAAAACAUCACAACUGAGAAACAUGUCAACCGGGGGAGCAAGGGCAAAAGCACAGGGUAAACAACAGGAACGCAAGCAACGCUGUCAUCUUCCAGCUGAACUGGAGAACGAUUUUUACGCAGAUGUCAUCGUUAUUCACUCGAAAACAGACGAAGAGCUUGCACAAACAUUUCUCUUUGACAUACGAAAGCAUUUCAAAAAGGGAGAUGAUUACAUCAUAGUGAGUUAUCUCGACAAAAAGCUUCGCACAGAAAAUACAGAUGGCUGUGACUUUAAGCGUUGUACUGUUGCUUUUUUCAUAUUUACAGAAAAUUCCUUGGAGGAAUUUAGUAGUUUGACGAAAGACAAAUAUCUCGACAAUUUAUUAUAUGAGGGAAAAUUUGUGCCAGUUUUUAGACAGCCAAAAGACAAGCUUAAACUUCCCAUGCGUGCCCGUGUCCCUGUCUCUCUGAAUUAUUUUAAGCAGACGUCAUUUCAGUUCCCGCGAGCAGUGUUGGAUUUACUACAAAAACAUUCAGGAACACGUCGUGCAAAAGAAGAACGCCACAAGGAGCAGGUUUCCAAGUACCUAGCAGAUCAUUCAACAGACCCUGUUACAAGUACUAUUACACAACCAAACAUAUACAUUGAUGCUCGCAAUGUAAUUUUGGGGGACCACGGAACAAUUGUGGACAACACUGAAGACGAAAACGGCAACCUGAAGAACUCCACCAGGACACGCACAAGGAAAUCCAAUGGAAGCCAACUGCAACAAGCUGACGAUAUUUCUCAUCAAUCCAGGAAUGAUACAAAUUUUUCCACAGCUUAUCCUUCCGAAUAUCAUGGUGAACCAGGUAGUAUACACCAAAAUAUAAUGAGUAUGCAAACACCAUAUGCUUCCAUGAGUUAUUCAAGAGAUGAGCAAAAUUUGUCAAAAACCUCAAAUCGGUCACAAUCUCAAAGUGUAUCAAUCACCAGUACGCCGAGUGAGGAUUUUGCUCCUGUUGGAGAAAGACAUCAACUCCCAGUGAACAAUGCUAGAAAUUUGCCACAAGCGGUGCCAAUUUUUCCAAAUAAAGAAUUAAAUCUCAGUGAAAGAUUUGGGAGCCUGGCAUCUAAUGAAGAAACACUUGAUGAUAGCAGAGGGACAGAAAGAAACCCUGCUCCUCAGCUAAUCCCAUGUGAUCAGAGUUUUACGUCAGACUUUCCUUCAUCGGUGUCUGCUAAUUCCACCGCAAAUAAUUCGGAUUUGGGGAAAACACCUAAUAUACCAUGGAAGAGUAAGGGUGAAACAACAGAAACUACAAUUUCAAACGAUCAAAGAUUAUCGAUGAAAGUAAGCAAUGUUGACAAGCUAGCUAAAACGGAGGCCCCAUGGUCAAGUCAUAGAUACGCUAAAAGAAAGGAUCCUAAAGAGGUCACUGAGAACACUUCAGAUUCCUUGGAUCUUCGGGUAGAAAGCUUAGAUUGGGACUCCUUGCUUGGAAAAAAAGAUUGAGUUGUAAUCUUUUUCAUUAAAAAAUGGAAUAUCUUUAAUUCAAUUAAAUUACUGAACCAUCGAA